CACAAAUAAAGAUGGCUGGUGGAGCUGCCUCUGUGUUGCGGCACAAUACACAAGAAGGACGUUCCAAUACAACGGCCGAAAAUUCACCAUCAACAAAAUACUCACGUGCAGCAGCACCUAAUUUUAUGUUGACCUCACAUUCGGAGGCAUUGUUGCAAGGUCUAAAUGCCUUAAGAUGUUCGGAUAAGUUGUUCGAUGUCACCCUCAUUGUGGAGGGGAGAACAUUUAAGGCCCAUCGUGUUGUUUUGGCAGCCUGUAGUGAUUACUUUUGCGCCAUGUUUACCGAUGCCAUGCGUGAAGCUCGUCAAUCUGAGAUCAAAUUAAACGGUGUCAAUGCCCGUGGCAUUGAACUACUCAUAGAAUAUGCCUAUACAUCUAAAUUAGAAUUGGAUCGUAAUAACGUUCAAGAUGUACUCUCCGUGUCGACACAUGUCCAAAUGAAAGCCGUCAUUGAGGCAUGUUCCAAUUAUUUAGAAUCACAAAUUGAUUUGGAAAAUUGUGUAGCGAUUGCAGCACUAGCCGAUCUAUAUGCCUUGGAUGCAUUGAAACGUAAAACAUAUCGUUUUAUUUGUUCUCGUCUAGAUGAAUUUGCCCAAACACCCGAUUUAGUAAAUCUAACAUGGGAUCAGUUGGAUUAUAUAUUAUCAUGUAACUAUCCAGUGGAUUGUCGGGAGGAGCGGGUAUUGCAAAUUGCAUUACAAUAUUGUCUUGAGACAAGAUUAAAAAUGGAUUUAGCUAGAAUGUUGUUUGCCAAAGUUCGCUUUAAUCAAAUCAAAGCUGAGGAUGUCAACAGUUUACUUUCAAACACGGAAGCAGCUGAAGAAGAUUCCCAACAAUAUGUGGAUGCAGUGCGGCAAGAAAUGCAAAAACAACAACAACAAAGAAAACAUAGCACAAAAGAUUGUUGUGAUGAAGUUAUCUCGUCAAAUAUUCUAAUCAAUUCGCGUGGCAUGGAGCUGGCAUUGGUGAAGAUUGGCGGCUUCGAAACAAAUGGUUUGACAAAUCAGAUUAGCUGUUUCUUGCCAUCUGUGGGUAAAUGGGAAAGUUUAACUGUGAUUCCACAUAUAGAACAAUGCAAUUACGGCACUGCUGUCUUGGGCAAUGAUUUAUAUAUUGUGGGUGGUUCGUACGAUGUUUGCCUUAAGGAAUAUAUCCAUCCAUUUGGUUUUCGUUAUUGCCCAACAAAAGAUAAAUGGAAAACAAUUGCACCCAUACAAGCGGAUCGUUGUCGUUUCUCCCUGAAUGCCAUGGGUAAUAAUUUUCUGUAUGCCGUGGGUGGUGUCUGUGAACUGAAUGAUAAUGAUGGUGAUCAUUAUGCCAAUGAUAUGGCCCAGUCAAAUUGUGAACGUUAUAAUGCCAGUGCUGAUCGUUGGGAAUAUUUGCCACCCUUAGCCGAAAAUCGUAGUCAACAUGCUGGUGUGGUAUUAGGCGAUAAAUUGUAUAUAUCAGGUGGAAUUGAUCGCCAUUUGGUCUUAGCUUCGUUAUGGUGUUUCGAUACGACGACUGAAAAAUGGAUAAAAUUGUGCCAAAUGCCUACACCCCGAGCUGAUCACAUACUCAUUGCUAUGGAAGGGCGAAUAUAUGCUUGCGGUGGUUGGUAUGAAGAUAAUGUAACAGAGACACGCGUGCUCGCCGAAACCAUUGAUGUGUAUGAUAUUGCCACGGAUACAUGGUCCACCGAGUCAACAAAUCCAAUGCCAAAAUAUUAUACCGGUGUCGCGGCAGUUAAGAAACGCAUUUAUUUCAUAGGUGGUCUGCUGUCAUCGGCUACAAUUAACAGGGCCACUUCGGCGGUACAAUGUUAUGAUUUGGAGACCAAACAAUGGUCCUACAACGUCGAAUGGGAAUAUCCCAAGGAGGUGUGGGAGUGUACAUGUGCCGCCUUCUAUGUACCCCAAGAACGUGAUGAAUUCUAUUGGGGUGAAAGUGCGUAA